AUGAAUGAAUUUAUAAAAUUAUUUAUGGAUAUGACAAAAGAAGACGAUGAAAAGAAGGCUGCUAAAUUUUUGGAGUCUUAUAACUGGAAUGUUGAAGAAGCAAUAAGUGGUUAUUUUAAAGCUACAAACAAGAAGAAAUCAACUGCAGAUGUGAGGACUUCCAAUGAAAAGAAUGAAAACAGUGAAGUAAAUGACCAAAAAAAUAAUAUAACUAAUAAACAUAUUAAUGAAGACGCAGGAGGAAAUGCAAAUACCAAAAAGAAUAAUGAAGAUAAUGAAGAUAGUGAAGAUAAUGAAGAUAAUGAAGAUAGUGAAGAUAAUGAAGAUAAUGAAGAUAGUGAAGAUAGUGAAGAUAGUGAAGAUAGUGAAGAUAGUGAAGAUAAUAAAGAUAAUAAAGAUAAUAAAAAUAAUAAAGAUAUAUCAGAUUUUUCAAGUAUAUCAUCAAGUAAAGAUAAUAUUGAAGAAGGAAAUACACUGAACGGUUAUGAAAUAAAUGAAGAAGAACAUGUAGGUAGAGCAAAUUUUUUAUAUCUUUUAAACCAUAUAGGAAAAACGAUUUUUCCUAUAUUUAAAAAUUUGUAUAAUAUUAUGUCUACAUUUUUUAAAAUAUUAAGUACAUAUAUAAUAUCAUCUACAACAAUGGCUACAUCUUCCUCAACAUCUACUUCAUCUACAUCUACAUCACCUUCAUCAUUGGAAGCACGCAGUUCUUCAAAUGAUAAUGGAUUUACAAGAUAUUAUGAAAACAAAUAUAGUAAAAUACAUACAAAUUUCUUUCGAGGUUCUUUAAAAGAGGCUAUUAAUAAGUCAAAGAGAGAAGAAAAAUUAUUACUCGUUUAUUUACAUAUUGAAUAUGAUGAUGUUUCCUAUUUUUGUGAACAUGUAUUUAAUAAUUUAGAAAUGAAGAGUUUUUUUGAUGAGAAUUGUAUUUUAUAUGCCCAUGAUAUAUCUAAAGGAGAUAUUAAAGAGUUAAGUAAUACAUUAAACGUUUUUAUGUUACCACAGAUUAGUAUUAUAUUAACUUGCUAUGUUACAGAAAUGAUGGAAUUGUCAAUUAUAUAUGGGAAACCAUCGAUCAGUCAUAUUAUGAAUACUAUAUCUCAUUGUAUAGAAAAAAUGGAUAUUAAAAGAGAAAAAAUGGAAAUGUUAAAAAAUAAAAAUUAUAAGGAUAGAUUAAUUAGAGAAGAACAAGAUAGAGAAUAUCAAGAAGCUUUAAGAAAAGAUAGAUUAAAAGAAGAAGAGAAAAAAAAAAAAGAAAAUGAAAAAUUAAUUAAAAUACAAGAAAAAAAUAAAAUAAAAAAUGAAAGAAAAGAAAAAACAAAGAAAUUCCCUUUAUCUAUAUCACCAAAUGAUAAAAUUACUAAAAUUUGUAUUAGACUACCUAACGGUUUAAGAAUACAAAAUAAUUUCGGUCUAUCAAAUACUUUACAAGAUAUAUAUGAUUGGGCUGAAUGUUCAGAAUUUUUACAACCACAAAAUAAAAAAGUUACCAUUCCUUAUAAAUUUCAAUUAAUAUGUUCCCUUACAAAAUGGAAUAUACAAAAAACUAAUGAGCAAAUCAAAAAUUUUGAUUUAUAUCCGAAUGCUAUUUUUAAUAUGAAGUCUUUAGAUUCAUCAGACGAGGAGUAA